AUUAUUCAUACAGUUUAUGUUCAACCAUGUUGGAGAAUGCCGAAACGCUCACCAAAAUCUGAAAUCUACAAACCAGAAGAUUCUCAAGAUCCAACUGAACUAGAGGACGUAUCUAGUGUUAAAUCUAGUACUUCAAGUCAGAGACUUAACUCCGAGCCUGGAGAACCAGACACUCCGACAGGAUAUCUAGAAACAAACCUUGACGAAUUGGACGGAUACACAAGUUCUCCAAGUUUAAUCUCUAGGGUUGAUACAACAUUACAUAUUGAACCUACAGAAUCAUUUACUCCAGAUAAUCUUGAUAUUACUCCUCGUCUUGGAGAUAUUGCUGAGUCAGAUCAAGAUCUUUCUCGUGUAAUUGUAACCCAUCGUCUUCUAAGUGUUGAGAAUAGAGAGGUUCAAGAAGAACCUCAUAGAACAAAAAUGUCUGACUCAUUUCAAAAGGUGAAUGGUUUAAAAUGUGGAGCUAUUGUUCUAGUAACAAUUCUUGUAACAAUAACAGCUGUUCUACUAAGCUCUAUACAUAGGAUAGAGGAGGGAAAUGUAGGAGUAUACUUCAAGUAUGGAGCCCUAAUGAAUGAAACUACUCAACCUGGAAUUCAAUAUAUGACCCCAUUUGUUGUUGAUGUAGUUGAGGUACAAACCAGACCUCAGACGGAUUCUCUCCCAACUAUCAUCUCUGUAACCAGAGAUGGGAUUGAGAACACGUUCAAAGAUGUCCAAGUAAUCAGUCGGGUUCGCCCGGAGAAAUUGGUUCCACUAGUUCGUAAGUUUGGGAUAAAGUUUAGAGAAUCUUUAAUCUUCGACAGAGUAAAGGAAGAACUGAGGAUAUUCUGUGCUAAUAACAGUAUUGAUGAUGUGUACAACACUAAGUUUCUUGAAAUAGUUGCGAAUGUAAGAACCAAUCUGAUCAGCAGUAUUGAAAGGUUGGGAGAGGGUGGAAUUGAGAUCCUGAACCUUGUUAUUUCUAAACCUGAUAUUCCGGAAGAUAUUGCAUUCAAUUAUAAACAGGUAAAAGUUCAGUGGACUGAGCAGCUUGUAGCAACACAGAUGCAGAAAACAGAACAGAUUAAGAAGGAAAUAGAGAUGAUUAAAGCUAUAGCUGAUGCAGAACGUAACAAGGCUGUACUGGAGAUCACUAUACAGCAGAGGAUCCUAGAGAAGGAAGGGGAGAGGAACGUCUCCUCCCUGGAGAAUCUGAUUAAGAAGGAGAAGGAGGAAAACUUGGCCAAUAUUGAAAUGUAUAGGAUAGAAAAAGAGGCUGAAGCCAAUACAAAACUGUACACAGAACCGUAUAUCAAGCUCAACCUGGCCAAGCAGCUGAGUUCAAACACCAAGUUUUACUUCUCAGGAGAAACCUCUCCUUUGGGUGCAAUCUUUGAGAAAAUAAUUGGAUCCGGGUCAACUUCUAACUAAUCUUUUAUUCACUACAAAUAAAAGAGAAAGUAUAAUUAAAGUAUGUUGAUUAAAGGGACAGUCAGAGAAAGUAUAAUUAAAGUAUGUUCAUUAAAGGGACAGUCAGCGUAAUUUCAAGUGACCCUUCAUGCACAGAUGGCAAUACCAGAUUCACAACGAGGCCUUACUACCGUCUCCGAAUGCCAGGAGUUAUGAACACCUUACUAAAUUGGUACCAGUCCGACUCUAUCCUCAUACUAUGCAGUGAUUAAUUCCGAUCCAUGAUUAGCUAUAUUUCAACAUUUCAUUUCAAAUAGGAGAUUUGAUUUUCUCAGUAUCCGCCUGGCGUGUCCUAUCACUGGGACUUACAAAUAGGAAUUGUUAGAAAGAAUUGUAAACCUAGACAAUAACGACAAUAUCUACCACAUUAUUGAUCAAAUAAAUGGUUCAAUAGUACUGUUGUGAAUUGAGCAUUGACAUCUCUGCAUGGAAUGCAUGGAGGGUCCAUUUUUUAAAGGUUAAUACUACCUCUCACAGAAAAUAAAAAUCAAACCGAAUAAACUAAAUUGGAUGAUGGGACAUUUUCCAAUUCUUAGCUACAUUUUUAACCUUGUCCGACUUAAACUUUCUGUCCCAAGGAAGAGUGUGAAUAUAUUUUUGAACACUUUCGUUCACAGCAUGGUCCAAAGAAGGGCAAAGUGCAGUGAUUGCGGAUUUUUUUAAUUCAUGUUUCUGGAUUUUUCCCUCUUACUGAAAUUUCACAGAAAUUAAUCAAUUAUUCACAAUUAAACAAUAAUAAUUUUAAUCAAUUUGUUUGUUUGUUUUGAUCUCAAUUAUACGUUGUAUUUCUGCAGAAAAUAUAAUUAUAUGUUUCUUAAUACUCUGAGCCCACGAUUUAAAAGCUUCUGCUCGAGUCUUAAAUCCUUAGACACAGGUUUAAGGCUCAAUCUUAAACCCAACUUAUGAAUCAACUGACGACAGCUUGUGUCACAUGAUCGACAGCUGCCAGUUUUUAGGCCCAACUUGAGGAGUUAGGCCUAAAAAAAAAUAAAACCAACCUUGGUUGGUUUUAUUGGAGAACUAGUCUCAAUGUUGAGUCUUAUUCUAAUCAAAUCCCUCGAAUCCACCAAUUCAAAGUUCCAACCAUGAAAAUCCACCAAAUUUACAAUAUUAAUUUGAGUCCGAAUUUAAUGAAUUUAAGCCGCAUCUCAAAUCUACCAA